GAUAUUAUUUUUAUAAAAAAUGCCAUUUACUACAAAUGACAAUGGAUAUUAUAAAAAAAUACGAUUAAAUUUCAUUGUUAUUACAAUAUGUCUAUGUAUUAUUGGUAAUGUGAACGGACAUGGCCGAUUAAUUGAACCACCAAGUCGAGCGUCAGCAUGGCGAUACGGAUUUAAUACACCAGCAAAUUACAACGAUCAUGAGUUAUACUGCGGUGGAUUUACACGUCAAUGGCAAAGGAAUAAUGGUCAAUGUGGUGUGUGUGGAGAUGCUUGGGAUGCACCAGCACCACGUGCACAUGAAUAUGGAGGUCGUUAUGGGUUGGGAGUGUUAGUAAGACGAUACGAAGUUGGAGCCACGAUGAUAAUCAAAGUUGAAGUUACCGCAAAUCAUAACGGUUAUUUUGAGUUUAGAAUAUGUCCAGAAUUUAAAAAUACAACACAAGAAUGUUUGGAUAAAUAUUUGCUAGGAUUAGCAGAACCCCAAGAAAAUGUCACUCCUCACCCGUAUCGAUAUUACCCAAAUAAUGGUAAUCGUAUUUAUGAAAUGAAAUAUCAUUUACCAAAUAUUUCUUGCGAUCAUUGUGUACUUCAAUGGAGAUAUAUCGCUGGUAAUAACUGGGGUAAAUGUGACGAUGGAACCGAACGAGUCGGUUGUGGACCACAAGAAGAAUUUCGUGCUUGUGCCGAUAUUCAAAUCGGUGGUAAAGUCGAUACAUCAACAGUUAUACCAAAACGACGACCAAUUUUCCCAAUGCGACCGACAAUCAAACCCACACGCCCAACAACAACAACCAGCAGUACCGAAGACGAAUUACCCGGGGCAACAGACGAAAGUCAAGGGGAAUUUACGGAUCGUAUCUGGUUAUCAUUCCUUAUUAUUUUGGUCACGUUAUUUUGUGUUCUUAUUUUGGUUACAAUUUUAUACUUGUAUUAUUAUCAUGGACAAACGUUGAAAAAUUGGUUGAAAUCAAAUACGAAAUUUAAUAAAAAACCAGCACCACUGCCAGUGCAACCUGAGAAACCACCGCGAACGAAAAAAUUACAACGGGAACAAUCAUCGCAGCUACCAAACCCUGAUUUGUUAAGUGAAAGUUUAGCGUAAAAUUAUUAGUAGUCAUUAAAUUUUUAUUUUUUUUAGGUUUAUGAAAAUCUUUAUUUA